UCGAAAUUGUUCUGAUUCGCCAAAUAAUUGUAAUAAUCCUCCAGUUAAUAAUCAGCCACCCGUAACUAAUAAUAAUCAAGGUGUUAAUAAUAAUAAUUCUACUAUUAAUAGGAACAAUCCUCAAGAAACUCUUCAAGCAUUAUUAGUAUUAAUGAAUAAUAAUCCAGGCCUCUUUAAUAAUAUGGAGAAUCAAACCAAUUCACCUAAAGCCUAUAGUGAAUACACUGAUUCUAGAAAGAAGCCGACUGAACUAAAAAUGACCAAUUUAAUUGACUUUGAAGAAGCAAAGGGUAAUAAAGAUCCUGAUAUAGAAAUGGAAGAAGUUCACAAAGAUCAAGAAAAUUUGGAGUCACAUGAUCCAGUUGUUCAAAAUCAAGAGAAGAAUGAAUCAGCUAAACCCCUUGAAGCAAGUAAGAUUGAACUGCCUAAAGUGAAUAAAAAGAAAGAAGAUGUAAAAGUGCUAUUAGACAAAGAACGAGUUGUAAAAAUAAGGGACCUGG